GGAGAUGGCAGCAGCUGUGCCUCUCAAUUUUCGCGUUCUCAGUCUGCUUGGGUUCAGGAUGGCUUUCUUUAGCCAGGGGAUAGCGUUGCUGCUCACAUUGCUCCUGUCACUGGUAUCAUGGGCACACGCGUGGGACCACCGGGUCAAGGAUACCGGCAACACGGUGCGCUUUAACCUCACUCUGACGUGGGAGGAUUAUGCACCGGCGGGUAUAUCUCGGAAGAUGAUUCUUACAAAUGGGCAAUUCCCAGGUCCUUUGCUUGAGGUGGACCAGGGUGAUGAUGUGGAGGUUACGGUGGAGAAUCAGCUUCCUCAAGGCACUACGGUUCAUUUCCAUGGUGAGUUGCAUUCGUCGUCAACCUCGUUCUCCUCCGAGGAUCUAGUUGUUUGGUUUCUAACUUCUGUCUUCGCAGGGAUCCCCCAGAUAAACACACCGUGGUCGGACGGAACACCGGGUCUAUCCCAGCAACUCAUCCCGCCGGGUGGUCGAUUCCUCUACAAAUGGCGCGCGACGGACUACGGGAGCUACUGGUAUCAUGCUCACGCGCGGGGACAACUCGAAGAUGGACUUUACGGGCCUAUCUACAUUCGACCGGACAAGUCGGUGGAAAGGCCUUUUGAGCGGAUCACCAGGGAUAGGAAGGCUCUUCGGGCUAUGCACAAAGCGGAGAGGAAAACCAAACCGAUCAUCUUGUCGGACUGGCGACAAUUGACAUCAGAAGAGCUGUGGGCAGCUGAAAAGGCGUCGGGCCUUGACGCGAUGUGUGCCAACGCUCUCCUGAUCAAUGGCAAGGGGUCGAUAAGCUGCCUGGGGAGAGAGACCCUGAGAUCGCACCUUUCCGACGCCCGGAAGGAUGUGCUUGGCGACAACAUAACCGACAUCGGCUGCAUUCCGCCUGUGGAUGUAGAUUCUCAAGGAGACUAUCAGCACGACAUGAGUGCGCUCCCUCAAUCGGUCUUCUCUGGGUGUACUCCCUCUCACGGCUCAACUGAGAGAUUUCUCGUCGAUCCCUAUGCCAAAUAUGUCAGUUACGAUCUCAUUAGCGCCGCCGGUAUUUCAUCGGUCAUUUUCUCCAUUGAUGAGCAUCCCAUCUACAUCUACGCUGUCGACGGGCGAUACGUCGAGCCAGUCUUAGCUGAUGCAAUUGCUGUCCCCAAUGGGGCUCGUUAUUCCGUCUUGAUCGAGCUUGAUAAGCCAGCGGGUGAUUACACCGUUCGUCUUGCAAACCACGGGCUCAAUCAGAUUAUCCACACUACCGCUAUCAUGUCCUACGAUACGAUCUUUAACACGCAGGAAGGGACCUCGACCCCGUCGAUCCAUGUCGGCGGAGAUGUAAUAUCGAAAGAAUACACUCUUGCAGAUGAGACCGCGUGGGUCCCCUUCCAGGUGGAGGUGCCAUCUCAGGAGGUGGCCCAGACACAUGUCCUCGAGAUUGACCACUACGGCCAAUCAUACCGCUGGAAGAUGGGCGACUCCAGCUAUCCACUUUGCCUUGAGGAAACCUCUCCGCUCCUGCUCGAUCCCGCCUCGGCGGAGCACGACCUGACCAUCCAAACCCGCAACGGGACCUGGGUCGACUUGAUCUUCCACCUGGUCAGCACGCUUCAACCCCCUCAUCCUAUUCACAAGCACUCCAACAAGUUUUUCGUCAUUGGCCAUGGAGACGGCGAGUGGAAUUACACGUCUGUAGCUGAGGCCGCGGAGGCAAUCCCUGAGAGUUUCAACUUCGAAAACCCGCAGAUUCGCGAUACGUUCAUCACUCCCGGCGCUAUCACCGGGCCUAGCUGGCUGGCGAUCCGGUACCAGGUGAUCAACCCCGGGGCGUUCUUGUUGCAUUGUCACAUCCAGGUUCAUUACAGCGGGGGUAUGGCGAUGAACAUACUAGACGGUGUGGACAAAUGGCCCGAGGUCCCCGAGGAAUACCGAGGAGAUUCGUCGGGAUUCAAAUCCGAGCGGACGCCGACAUGGCUAGAUUGCCUUCUGGGGUGUUGACAUCUAUCUGAUGUAUGUGAUGACGGCUCUAUAUCCAGAGGGACUCGCAUUGGCAAGGACUCGAAGUAGAUAAAUAAUAGAUAGAUAGACAAUACCAAGCACGAUGUGCAUAAUCUG